ACUGUGUUUGGUUACGCAAACCGUGACGUGUUGCUGCUCUGACGUUAAUUAGCCAGGAACGUUACAUGAGUAGUAGUCCUGUUGCAACGAAGAGGUGUGUUGCGGCCUUUUGUCGCCGGGUCUCCAUGUCUCUGGCAACGAAGCGCAGCAAGGCCUGGGUCAAAGCCCACAGUACGUGAUGAGCGACAAGGGUGUUGAGGUGCCGGAGCGCCGGAAGGAAGGACUUCUCACAAUCCGAUCUCCGUCGGCCGCUUGCAGGGCGCAACCUUGGACGGGGGUUUUAUUUUUCACUGACAGAUUUGGUACGAUACCCACACUAGCACCAAUGACAUGCAAGGCAGAUCCUCCAAUGUUUCAUGUUUCAGACCUGUUGACGCCCGCUCUGACCAGGCCACGCUGGCCCUCUGUUAGCCUGACCAGAAGGCCGGAUACGGAUUUGUCUUUUCCAGCAGAGGGGAACGCUCUUGUUAAGCGGACAAAGACGACCCAUGCUGAAACGCGAGAGGCGCACUCGUGGACGCACACGCUUGAGAGUAUCGAAGAGUCAUCUUCGGGGCAAAGGAAAGCCCAGGAGUGCCAAGCGCCCAGUUGCUUAGUUUUCUCUACUCAUCAUCGGGCCAUGACUUGUUUCCUCCGCAUGGCUGCGUAUCACACACCCACGCACCUCCGAGGACAAUCCGCAAUAACGUACGGAUAGAGAUCGUAAUAUGCAUGACCGGUAGAUUGUGCUGCAGCAAUUCGGCGCUGCUCCAUUUCAGGCACCCCGUGGAUCGAAGGGCGCAGGAGAAAAAAAGCAAGUAGCGCCUGUACACAUACGAGCGCAUCCCCGGCGGCCAGGUUUGUUUAGCCGUAACAGUAACAACCCUCAGCCCGUUAUUGCGAAGGCUUGAGCUGUUACAAGCAAUAGGUAGCAAGGUGUCCUGACGCUGGCCGUGUG